CGUUUAAUGGUCUCGCUAGAACCGUCCAUUCAAACUUGCAUUGAACAGCUCCGGGAAGACAAUACAUACCCGAUUCAGGAAGUCCCUGUUCUUUACUCAUGAAAAUUUGUACUCUUCCAAAUACUUGACGACCCGGCCUGUGACUCAGGGAACACCGGCUAUCUGCUGCGCGAACUUCUGGCGGCUGCUGAUGACCGCCUCAUAGCUUGACGCAUCGUGAACUGCCAGGGAGAAAAGCUGGAGGCCCACGCACAGUCUUCGUCAAUAGGUGACCAGUGGAGGAAAAAGGCUCGAUGGGAGUGCGCAUUGCUCUUCUUCUUUCCUUUCCAUACUGCUGUGUAUUCCGCUGAGCUUCGCUCUAAUUCGCUUUAGCCCUCUCGCACGCUAUUACUCCACCGCCAACUCUUUCCCGGACUAUGGAGCUCCGGGUGACGAAGCGAAGAUGAAAUCACGGAUUGUCAGUCUUUUACUGCGCUUGCAAAAACCCAUCCCAGUUGCUGAUAUUCAGAGCAGAGAGCGAUCAACGACCAGAAACCACGAAGCUCAAUGGGUGGCGGGCAACCUACUGAAGCAAGAAGUUACUAUAGCGAACCUCGAGAUGAUCGACCAAACAAGCGAGUCAAGCCAUCCGGACCUGAAUUAUCCAACACAAAUUUGUCCCGCUUCUUCCCUACGGGUUCUCUUCACCGGCCGCUAGAAGCAAUCGAAGACGAAGAACCGCAAACCUCGCAGCAAAAGUAUCAUGACUUGACCCGAGAAGACUCUAUGGUCGAAACUAUCGAUGGCUCAAGCAUCAUCAGUUUCGGUAGGACUGCAGGAGCUACGAGCAACCAGCAAGAGUACCGGAAUGUUCACCGUCAGAACAGCGUGAAACGUACCCGGCGGCGACGCAGACACGAAUCCAAAAUAUCUUCGUCGCCUAUCGAGAUUGACGAUACGAGUGCCGUUGCGCACCGAAACCUUGCUCCUCAAACCUCACACCCCCCUACGAGCCCGGACCAGUUAGUUAGGGAAAAUGAGGACGGUCCGCCACCCGCCAACAUCACGUCUGAUGUUGUCUCGCAGCCAAAGCGACCAGCAACAGAAUAUAGCCAGAGUGCGCCAAAGCGGUUCAAGGUGCACCCGCAGCAGUCUGAUGAUGAGCUUGCGCCUAGAGCUCCCGGAGGCCGUGAGACAGCCAAGAAGCCUAGUUUCCCGAAGCUAAUUUCACAACCGCGAACCCAACGGGGUGACAUACAGCCUACCACGUUCAAAACAACAAAAGCCAUGCCGGGGCGCGAAACCUUGGCUAACAAGGGAUCAGCGUUGAAAGAGGUUCCCUUAGAGGCUGCGAUAUGUGGGAAAUACUCGUUCUCCCCAGCAGACAAUAUUGAGCCAGUCACACUUCGACUUGGUCCAGAUGCUGCUGAGCCCAUGCAUGAGAAUAGCGGAGACCUAUCCUGGCUUCAAGUUUUGCGGUCGUCAGUCAAAGGUGUAAAACACAAUAACACUAAUAGCCCUAUUGUCCUCAUUAGCCGCUCAGCCAGAACAUCUUUCUCCUGCGGCAAACUCGCACUCAAGUUUGUGAGCGAUGCAGACGCCUCAUUCUUCAUCCACUGGUUGCACGGCUUGCCAUGCCUCGUUCAACACGAGACAGACAAGCUAGAUGCAACAUUCCAUUGCGCAAAGAAAGAGGCCGAUGGUUACAGGACAAACUCAGCGAAGGCAUCUGGUAUAUUCUUACCGGAUGAUAGUCAUAGAGCCAACAGUGCCAGACCUCAACAGCACCACAGAGAUCCUUUCUUAGGUGAUCCUGUCUCGCCUGGCCUUCCUAACUCGAAACAAAAGAAGCUCAAGGAUGGAAUGCAAAGCAUCUCUCAACCAAAAGAAGAUGUACAAAUGGAAACACUCGACACCGAUGAUUUGUUCACAGGGUUGGCUCGCAACCAAAGGCUCGGGACUCGGCACUUAACAAGAAGGGAAUCUCCACAAUCUCAACAUGAAAGAACUCCGAAACCAUGGACGGCUUGCAAUCCUGGUUGGGAGAAAAAAUGGCACAGAUCUUUGGUGUGGCCUCCAACAGGAAAGAACCGGGCAACAGUCGAUAGAGAUGAUAUUCAACGGCUGGAUGAAGGCGAAUUUCUUAACGACAAUAUUAUCAGCUUUUAUCUUCGCUACCUACAAGACCAGCUUGAGAAAGAGCGACCAGAGGUCCUAAAGAAGGUGUACAUUUUUAGUACAUUUUUCUUCGAGAAGCUAAGAUCGAGUCGCGGCAAGAUUAAUUAUGAUGGGGUCAAAGCCUGGACUGCCCGAGUCGAACUGCUGUCAUACGAGUUCAUUGUUGUUCCCGUCAACGAAAACGCGCACUGGUACCUGGCCAUCAUCUACAAUGCACCUCGUCUUCUGCAACAAGAGGUGAAAGCGGAAACAAACAUCAAGAAGGAGUCUUCGAGCCCACAAGAUGCAAUAAUUGUUGAGGAUAAUGACCCGGUAUUGAAUGUUGCGGAGAGUCCCCCUGCUGCAACGAAGUCUUCCAUUGUGUCUAUGGAUGUGGAAGUUACCCGCUCAACCAGAAGCCGGGCGAUUAAUGACAGCAACUCUUCUCUAAUUGGUGACAAGCAUACGCCGAACAUAGUGACUCCUGGCAAAACGAGCAAGCGACAAUCAACUGGAGGGAAUCAGAAGUUCAGCCUUGACGAUUCAAAAAUUAUUACACUCGAUUCGCUAGGCUCAUCGCAUGCACCAACCUGCAGGUGUCUAAAGGACUAUCUCCUUGAGGAAGCAAAGCACAAGAAGGGACUCGAGAUCGCUAGUGUACCCAGCGGCAUGACUGCCCGAGGCAUUCCGAUGCAAGACAAUUUCUGCGACUGUGGUGUGUACGUCCUGGGUUACAUGGAAAAUUUCCUGAAGGACCCGGAUGAGGCUGUUCGAAGACUCCUUCACAAAGAAGACACCGAAUGGGAAAUCAACGCCCCUGAGAUUCGUGCCAAGGUGAGGGAUCUUCUCUUCGAAUGUCAAGAGAAGCAGCACGAGCGUCUAGAAAAAGAAAAGGAGAUUAAGAGACAACGGAGGGCAACAAAGGGUCCCGUCUCCUCACCACAGAUAGCUGCCUCUUCGCCACAGGUGCCCCGAAGAGAACCAGAGACACCACAAGUUAGCCGUUAUCUAACAAGCCCGUCAGUAAACGGUGCCAGUGGCUCACCCUUUGAGGCGGCUCGACAAACAGGGACCACUUCUUCAUAUUUUGCAGUCGCUUCUGCCGAGAGGCCAAGCCAGUCCCCAACGUCUAAAAGAAAUGAUGAACCAUCCCUCAUCCAACCUCUCAGAGAGGACUCGGGAAAUGAGUCUAAGGCCUCUAGCUCAGGAGAUGUAUAUCAUUCGGCUCGAUCAUCGCCUAUCAACAGCGUACCACCUGUGCCUUCUGGUUUGACCACAGAAGGGUCGCGCGACGAGCGGACGCCCAAGCAGCCUUCAACCCCUGAAUUCGUACACAGGUUACCAGACUCGCCCGACGACAUGGGCCCAACAGCCACUUCAUCUACUGUGAAGAAAACUAGUUCGCCGCUGCUCUCUCUAGUAACAAGACAGCAUCCCUCACCAGGAUCUCAAGGCAGCCAGCGAGCUGUUCAGCUCGAACAGACUGUUGUGAGAAGCAUAGAGGACGACAUGUCACCUCCAAGAGGACCACAAUAUGAUGGAGUUGAUCAGUCCAUCGACUUGACAGUAUAGGGUUGUCUCUGUCUUCGUCGGUGAUGGCACGACGAGUUUGUCUAUGAGAACAGGGUGUCAUAGGGGGUUUGGUCCUUAUAGCUAUGUAUGAUUAAGAUAAUUCCAGGUGCCAUAUCAUGUUAUCACUACAGGUACCUAGGUUCCGGUUGCUUGGGGCACGAAAUCGGAAGGGAAGGAGCUGACAUAACGAAAGGGAGACAUUAGAGGUGUAGAAAGAUGAUUAAAGUUUAUACCCAUCACAAAGGCUUUUUCCUAUUUAACACCCGACUCCUGAAGCAUCAUCGGUCCCCAGACCUAUUCAUCCCCAAUAUGCUAAUGAUAUAUAAGAUGUGGUAUGAGUUGCAGUCUCCGCCACGUCUAUUGAGUGGUUGAUUGUCAAGUAUCUAUUAUGCUUUUUAUUCAUCUUGCUCGUCGCCAUUCGAGCUCUCGUUCGUGCCGUUUACCACUGGCCGCUGUAUCCUUGGAAUCUCGAAUAUGAAACCUCCAUUGCGUCCAGCCUUGACGGGAGGGUUCCAUCUGCCAAGUCGAUGUUCGUUUCCGAUAGCUACAACCACGCAAAGACCAUCUUUGCCUCUGUCACCACGCUCAAAUAUAUCGAUAUCGUUUACAACACCAUGAAGAGGACCAUGAACAUUCUCCUCAUGGGACGCCUUCUCUCCAUCUUCAGGCUUGGCGAGGACACCACUGAACUCAAUCUUGCGCUUAUCCUCACUAAGUUGCCAGAUUCGAAUAUGACCAUCCCAACUGCCAGUGAGAAUAACGUCAGAGUAGGGAAUGGUUCGGAUAGCGGUGAUCCAGCGGGGUGUGGGAGGUGGAACGAUCUUAGGGUCUGGGUUCACCUCGGCCGAUGCCUCCUCGGGCUCCAGGGGCGGGUCAAUACCAUGUGCGAUGGGCUCUAUGUACACAGGCUUCUUCUUCUGCACACUCCAUAGAGCAAGGGCACCGUUGUCGCUACCCGUGACAAAGAGAUCAUCGUCGAUCAUGGCGACACGGUCCAUGCUACCUUCGUGGAGGAGAGAUCGAGGGUGAACACCCGUGGGACGUGACUUCUUGUCUACAGCACCACCGCGGAAGACAAGUUGUGUCUCCUCGGCGACCUUCCAGAGACGCGCAGUACGGUCCCGUGCCCCAACGCUAACACAUCGCUCUUGCGCAAGGGCAUCGACAUCGAGAAUUUCGUCCUGGUGACCAAACAGCGUUUCAACGUAGGCCAUUUCGUCUAAGCUCCAGACCUUGACCGUGCGAUCCUUGGAGCAUGAGUAAAGCUGGUUCGUUCCUCUUCGGAAGACGAGUCCAGUAACAGCGUCCCUGUGAUGUGUGAAAACCUUGAUGGGCUUGAGGGCAUGGGCGUCGUAGAUAAUAAGCUUCCGGUCUGCGCCACCAGUAGCUACAUAUUUACCAUCGGGAGAGGCUGCAACAGCAAGAAUACGGUCUGUAUGGCGCUGGUAGUUUUUGUCUUUUGACUUUGUCGUAUUUCCCUUUAACCACGCCUCCAGCUCAGGCCGCUUCCUUGGAGGUGCUGGGGGCUUCUUUGGCUUGCGCUUGGUUGUCUGUGGGUACUGGUGUUGUGGGAGAUCUUGGGUCUUCCAUUUUUGUAGAUAUAGAUCCUUCGUCGUGGUAUAAAUGUAGGGGGCGCAUAUAGCGAUAGCGGUGACGGUGUUGGUGUUGCUUCGAAAGAAGGUGCGCGAAGCGUUGUCAAAUCCCAAUUCCGAGGCCAAUUGGCGAUAUACUCGACCCUUGCCCUCUGCUACAUCCUCCUGCAGUCGCUCGGCAAUCAGAUCUCGGUCGAUAUCGGCAGCAUCAAAACCAGCUUCGUCCACGUGCUCCUUGACAUUUUCGAGGUAUCGCUCUGCUAGCCGCAAUCUUCGCUCAGCGGCAGUCUCACCCUCCUCAUCAUCAGACUCGUUGUCUUCCAUUUCCACAUCGCUCGCGACUGAGGCGCUAUCGUAGCUCUCGUCAUCGUCUGAAUCGCUCCCAGAGAUAGACUCGUCGUCUCGCUCGACUCGCUUUUUGGUGGGGCCGGCAUUCUUCGAAUUUGUCUUGCCAGCAGAUUUUGAGGGCGCAACUCUUUUCUUUGGUUGCUCUGACGUCUCAGUACGCUUGCGCUUCUUCUGUGCACCUGGAACCGUAAAAAAGGACGACAUUGUGGCAACGUCGUGAACUUGGCUGUCUGCUCACGACUUUUGAACCCGCCUCGAAGAUAAAUUUCUAGACUCAGAAAAAAAAAG